AUGCCUAAAGAAAAGCCUACACCCAUGACCAAGGAUGCGGCCUCUCGCAUACAGUCUGCCAACGACAAGCAUUUUAACGAGACUGGCAACAGGAGCGGCUUUGCGGCUCGUGCCCAGUCCGCAGCUGAUAAAAACGCCAAUGUUGCUGCCUCCAGCAACAACACAGCGCGGCUAUUUCUAUAUCAUCGGAGUAUUUAA